AUGGGGCAGGUACGCGUUGUGACUGCGGGAAGUUCUAAGGCAGUGUUAUGGGGCCUAAUUAAGCCUAAAACAAAUAUUGUGACAACCUCGGUGAACCAUUGUGCAAGUGAACAGCACGCGCGGGAGGAGGUCUGGAAGCAAAUCGAUUCACGUGAUGUAGGCUUCGAAAAGACAGAUGGCAAGUAUCGUGUGAAUGACUUAACAAUGGCUACAAGGUCCAUCGCAGACGCUUAUCUUAGGACAUUGGAAUUUAAUAGACUAGUGUCGGACGAGAAAUACAAGACAACGCACGAAAGAUUUCCAGUUCUGUCAUCAGAGCCUUCCAUUUUCAACUACAAACUUGGACCGAAGGACAAAUUCGUCAUCUUUGCUUCACGUGGACUAUCUCCAACUCUCCGAUCAAGAAGUGGCUAA